AUGGGGUCGGGUGUGUCUACAUCUGCGCACGAGUUGCCGGGUGGAGACCUCAGGCUCCCCACCACUGGCCUCAAGUUCUCAGUGAACCAGCUACGGUCUCUCAACUCCAGCGUGGAUGCUUUGUAUGAAGAAGACCAGAGAGGUCAAAUGUCAACCAAGUUGGAGAGCGCCGUGGAGACCCUGGUGCAGAGGAUAGUGGACGGGGCUGGACAGAGGGACCCCCGGUUCAGAUGCUGCCAUUUAAUAGCUCUGCAUCGGGGGAAAUUGAUGCGUUCCCGUUCUUUAGAGUAUCUGGUGACAUUGGACUCUUUACCCGGGCUGAACGGGAGUGAAGACUGCCGGCUGCAGGAUGGUCCCGUGGGUUAUGGAAAGAUUCGGCUGAGCGGGAGGGAAGCCCAGAAGUGGGAGGAGUUCCUGUCGCCAGCUGGGUAUUUAUGCAGAGAUAAGGUUGUAGAAAGAUGGGUGGAGCUGAUCGCGCGCUGUGCCAACGCGAAGGGCGGCGGCGGAGCCCGGGUGCUGUGCGCACGCGCCGCGCACAGGGCGAAGCCCUACAACUACUGCUACAUGGAGAAAGUGUCACCUGCUCAGUUCACAAACGACCGUCGCCUGGCCAUCGUGGAGGGAGCGGCCUGGGUCAUGGUGCGGGUGGGGGCUGGUGAAGCAGAAGCCAAGCUGAUGCUGGGAGCAAGGGUUGAAGGGUGCAGUGCUUCGGCUUAUUCUAGCAGGGUGCCGUUGACGCAUCCCCUGGCACUAUUACACUAUACCGCUGCUCAGGGGGGUUACUACGCAGUAGCAAUACAACCGCCCUCGUCCAUUGUGUGCGCUGAACGGGCCGCCACUUGGCAGAUCUGGCAACCAGCCCUGGAGGCGACCCUGGACAGCCAAGUGUCUCCCGUGGCCACCAUCGCCAGGAUCGCUGGAGCUCUGAACGGGUUGAUCGACAAGAUGAGGGAAGGUUGCUAUCAGGGCACCCUCCGAUCUUUGAGCCGGUAUGCAGCAUGGUGCGCGUUUCGUCGGCGAGUGGAUCGCUGCGCCGGCGCAUCGGGCGUGUCCAAGUAUUGCUUGGCUGCUCACUCCUCGCAUCAUCUCCUUCUGAUUCUUGACGAGCUGGUGUCAAUAUGUGAACGUGGCGGUACAGUCGGCUACAUUUACCCCGUGGAGCGCAGCGGUACAGUGAGGCGCGGCGGGCGUGGUGGCGAGUGGGCGGCAGACGGACUCUGUCUCAGAAACUGUCUUAUGGAGCUGUUGAGGAGUGCUGCCUCCGAAGACAUUCCACCAACCCCCUCAGAGAACUUGGAAGCAGCUCUGUUGAACCGUUGGGAGAAUCUGAACAAGGAGUCGAAGUCCGCUGCUGGUACCACACCGACCUUCUCCAGAAGACAACUGAGAUACCUGUGGAGGGUCUCCAGUGAGCUAGUCAAGUACAAGAAUAUGAUUGUUUGCGAGACCCAAAGCAACUUCCGUCAGAACCUGAUCCAGGCUUCAUCCGUCCACCAAGAGGCCGUCGAAGACCUGAUCCAUGUGCUGGCCAUCAUGCUGGACCAGGCUCGUGACCUGUACCUCAACAACUUCCAACACAGAACCUUGGGGGAGUUCGAUAGGGAGAUGUCAACUUACAGAUCAAAGAAAUGGAACAAACUGAAAGACUACUACGAUGCCUCAUCAGCCUGCCUCAUCGACGCCGUCAGGAGAGACCCUGAACUGAGACAGGAGGACUUACAGGACCCGCUUAACACCAUGAAGCUCAUUUUAAACUGGUUAUACAGAGGCACUAAAGAGGACAAGAAGUACUUAGGACCAGUUCUGAAACCAUAUUUGGAUGGUCUCUUUACGUCUUCAUUAGAGAAUGGGUGGUUUUUGGAGGAGUUUGAUGGGUGUUCGGAUAAGGAGUUUGAGGGUCUGAAGGAGUAUUGCUUGGGGGUUCAUGGUGGGAGUGUGGAGCCCUGUAUGGGGUUGCUCGAUGCGGCUAAGAGGCAGGCGUGGGCGAAGGCCAUGGUGGAUUUCGUGGACAGGUUUAGACAUGUUGACUUCCGCCUGGUGUUUCCUACUGGAGACGGCAUGGCCAUCUCCUUCCCUCUGAAGCUGCCGUCCCGAAGGGAGCUGAGUUCUGCUCGCGCCCUGACCCUGAGUAGACGGGACAAGGCUGAGGCAAAGCUGAGGCUGGCCAGGAGGUGUGUUCUGGGCGCCUUCUCCACUGCUUUGGUGGGGGAUAGACGGCCGAAACUGCAUCGGAUGUCAAGACACGAGAGUAGUGAUGAAAUCCUGGCCAGCGUCAAAUCCGGCCACUACUGGAGGGACACCACCAAACCUGACGUCAUCCCCUCACCUUCCGUCCAGGAUAUCUCCAAAACCGACCAGGCACCAAGAGUGAGAAGGUCCAGGAGACGCCCGGCCACCGCUUACGGCUUUCCAGAAAUCUCCAUUACCAACCAAUCUGACACUAAGACCAUGAGGAGAAAGUACCAUACCCUCAGAAGCCUAGUGUACACGGAGCCAGUGGAUAGCAUCAAGGAAAUUCGGGAGAGACCAAGGUCUGCCGGGUCCACUGUGAGGAACAAGCACGCGUUGACUAGACCAAGCAUUUUGGAGACUCUGGACUUUAUAAAUAGCGUUAAAGACGCCUUGCAUGUGGAGGACUCCGGCGCGUCUGAUGCCGAAGACUCUUCCUGGUCAGUGGAAGAGGAAUGGGUGGUCGGUCACACGGCCCCCCUCAACCUGCUGUGGAGCUCUGGCCAAAGGACCUUACAUCUAUCAUUGGCUGAUAUAGUACCGGCCUUGGUUCUCCGUGGGAGGUUCACUAUCCUGCAGGAGUUGUGUACGUGGCUGGGAGACGCCAGUGAAGGGGCACUCUUUGCUUUACAUCGGCUCGCCAGGGCGGCACGGUCUAAGAGCAGCGAACGCGCUACCAAUUCUUGGAAGAUACCCGAAGCGGAAGGUCCCGUACCACCACAGAAGUACCACAGCAGGGCUCCGGACUACAUGUCAGGGGACGAAGCCCCCCCGCCUCCGCCCCCGCUGCCCAGGAGGUCCAGUCGGGACAAACUCGGGUGUAUGAUGGCUCCCCGCUACGCAGACUACCUCCCACCGAACCGUAUCCAAAAAAUUGAGCAGGACAUCAAUCAAUUAGAAUCAAUCAACUCAAAACUCAACCAGCAGAGCUACACUGGUAUUUUAAACCCUAUUUACGACAUCAAGAUACCCAAGGACAAAUUCAGCGUUAAACGUUCAAAAUCUCUAGGACGCAGUUUCAGCACUAGAAGUCUAGGUUUAGAAGUGACUAGGUAUAACAUAACUCUAGGUCGUAAAAGCGGUAAGAGGACUAAUGACGUGGUCACGGCGAUUACGGGAACCUCAGCGGAGACGGGGCUGGAGCUGAAGAGUAAUUUCUUCCAGAGGUAUACCACUGCGGAGGUGGUGGGCGAUUCGUACAAGGUGAGUAAGGUGUCAAUUGACUGACGGUGUUUGUGUAUUACUAGAUUGGAGCGUAAGUUUUAAAUAGAUACGUUCGGUUUAUUUUUUAAGUGUUUUAAUAUGUAUGGUAAGAAACAGCGGGAUUUCUGAUACAGGCAUAUUUUGCUUACUUAAAAAGUCUUAACAAUGUAAAUUUGUAUUUUUAUUAAUUACAUAUGUACAUACAUAAAAUCACGCCUUUUUCCCGGAGGGAUAGGCAGAGUGAUAAAUUUUAAUAAUUCCACUCCUUUUCUCAAAUUCUAUUUGAUUCUAAAAUAGAUUCUAAGAAUAUAACAUGUUACGUUUAACAUUUUUACUAGUAAGUACGCUGUGUAAUUUUUAAGCUAAAUGUAUAAAAUAUAAAUUUAUAAAAUAAAAACUUAAUUCUCUU